UACGUAACAUGCUAACCGGAAGUCAGUGACACUAGCGGCGGCUAAUCAAAAACGAUGUAAAAAUCUCCUACAAUCAUGCACGCGAAAGAAUGUAAACAUCACAUAGAAAAUCCGUUAUGCACUUACCACAACAUUGUUUAAUUGUUUCAAAGGAAGUUAAUUAACAAGGAGCCAAAACGUGCUACAUCACAGAGGUGUUUACUUUACCUUGGUUACCACAAGGAUUUAUAUUUAACGUUAGCUAGUGGUUAAAUGAAAACACUCACGCUCUGAGGCUACUGUGUGGCCGACAUAUCUGUUACAACUGAACUGCAGAUAAAGAGAAAACAAUAAUCGGGUAAGUACCCAAGAUGUUUGCUUUGUGUUCGACAGGUGUGAUAAACGAGCUCGUGCUGUUGUGAUAGGAACCAUGUCUUCAAUAAGGUGAAUGAGUGAGGCUGACUUCUUCCCCUCUGCUGAUAUGGCAGAGAUCAAUCGUAUCCAUUAUGAACUUGAAUAUACAGAAGGCAUCAAUCAACAGAUGCGGAUCCCGGAGAGGCUCAAAAUUUCCCACAACCUAUCAGAGGAACCGCCUGGCUCCCUUAUACAUCGAUCCCACACUACCAUGAUGCAUGUGCCAGAGCGGAUUGUAGUUUCAGGAGACGGCAAUGAUGCUCGCUUCAGUAGACCAAGAGAUCUGGAUCUGAUUCAGUCCACGCCUGUAGAGACAGUUGAACUGAAGACACCACCUCAAGUUCUCACCCUCAAUGAUCAACCCCUGGACUUCCUAGAGCCAGAACCAGUAGGCAACUCCACUGCCCAACAAAGAGAAGAGAUGCGAUCUCACUUGAGGUCAAGUAAGGAGCGCUGUAGGCCUGAGAACGCUACAAUGCGCCGCAGUGGGCAAAUAAACAAACAUGAUUUUGCAAGCCCAUCACCAUCUCGUGGUCUGGUUCGUGUCUGUCCUCCUCUCAUUAGCCCUGAGGACAGUCAGAAUCUUAACACUGGGCUCCUCAACUACAUCAAGAAUACGACUCGCAGGGCUUACCAGCAAAUCCUCGAGGUGCUGGAAGACAGUAACCGCAAUCGAACUGCUGUUUUCAAUUUUGAGGCUAGUCUGGAGAACACCUCCGAUGAUGCUGUCUUAACAGAUGCUGCAUCAUUGCGACGACAGAUCAUAAAGCUAAACCGAAGACUGCAGCUGCUGGAGCUCGAGAACAAAGAGCGAGCCAGGCGUGAAAUGGUCAUUUAUUCUCUCACUGUUGCAUUCUGGUUAGUUAACUCCUGGAUCUGGGUGCGACGCUAGAAUGCUCUUUGCUCUAAUAUUUAAGAAAAUAAAGUUCAGCUAAAAUAUUUGUUAUUUUUACCUUUUUAGUUAGGUUCUUAGUAAGUGGAAAAAUGGAACGCUACAGAAUUUUCAGUUGCACUUGCAAUAACCAAAAUGUCUAGCCAUGCUCUGAGAAAUAUAAUGUAUGUAGUUAUUGUUGUUGCAUUCCCAAAAAUGAUGCUGUUUUUUGUAAAUGUUUUAAUAUGUGAAGACAGUUUUGUGGUCCAGUGCAGUGUUACAAUCUACUGUAAAUGCUGUAAUAUUUUGUUAGGUAUCGUUUUUCAAUCCUGGAAGCUGAAACUUAUCUUUCAUUUAAAAUACUGAAUCAUUAUUUAUGGAACAAUAUAUUUAACGUUGUGGGAUCACCAAAAAUAAAAGGUCAAAUUCAUGCAUUGUCUAUGUAUGUGAAUUUCAUACUGUGACGAUAAUAAAUGGGUCCUAUGGUGUGACAGCAAAAAUGCAGAAAUAAAAUCUAUAUAAAAUAGA